AUGUACGUUUCACCCCUACUUCAAGCCAAUUCGCCCUCUUUUGAAGCCAUAAUUACUAAACUAUCCUUGCACAGGAAGUUUGGAAAGCAAAUCCAGAAAAGGCAGCUCGAAGUGCCCGAGUAUGCAGCUAGUUUCGUUAAUUAUAAAGCCCUGAAGAAGCUCAUCAAAAAGCUUUCUGCUACGCCCAUAAUUCUCGCGCAAAAUGAAAUUCAGCGUUCGACACCAGUCCUUGAUUCCCAAGCCGCAUUGCAAGCAAACAAAGCUACCUUCUUCUUUCAACUGGAACGUGAACUUGAGAAAGUCAAUGCCUUCUACCUUCAGAAAGAAGCUGAGCUUAAAAUCCGUCUGAAGACUUUACUAGACAAGAAGAAAGUCCUCCAGACCCGUAGUCAAACUACUUCAAGAAGAUCUGCGAAAUUCACCACACUGGAAGAAGGUUUUCAACAGUUUGGUAAUGAUUUGAAUAAGCUUCAACAAUUUGUCGAGGUAAAUGGUAUUGCAUUCUCCAAGAUCCUAAAAAAAUGGGACAAAACUUCCAAAUCAAAAACGAAGGAGCUGUAUCUUUCAAGAGCCGUUGAGGUACAACCAUUCUUCGAUGCGACUGCUAUCAGUGAAUUAUCCGACCAGGCCACUAUGAGCUUACAAGAGCUUGGGGCAUGGUCUGAGGGCGACAAUGUUAGCUUUGACAGAAGCCAAGAACAUGUCGUGAGCAGUCAACACUUACUAGGUACUGAUGAAGGUGAUGCCGACACCUUACUAUUGGAAGCUGUCAUUUCCGGAAAUCUAGACUCUUUGAAAGAUCUCCUUCAACGAAUGAAGAUCGCGACGGAUCCUAGUGGUACCAUGGAUAUCGCUUUAAUGGAAAGAAUCACUCGAACAUUCCUUGCAGCUGUCAGUGAAGGCCACAAGCAGUCAUUGCAGCUACUCUUGGAUACUGCCUUGGUUGAUGUACAGUCUGAAGAUGAUAUAAAUGAGCGCAAUUGUCUUCAUCAAGCUACGAUUUAUGGUAACAGUUUUGUAUUGAGCGUUGGACUUUCUAAGGGAGUAACGGUCAGCCGAACUGACGUAUAUGGACGUGUACCAUUGCAUUAUGCGUGUAUGCAUGGCCGACUUGAUAUGAUGGAAGAAUUGCUGAACGAUCACGACAACUACACUCCUCUUAUCCAUGCAAUCAUUCACGGUCAUAUAGAAUGUGCUCAGAGGUUACUUGACCGAUCUGCCAGGAUUGACCCGAUAUCCGAUGCAGAUCAUGUCCCUCUAAAUUUGGCCUGUGAACAUGGCUCUGUCGCAAUUGUUGAACUUCUUCUUCAACACGGCGCCAAAAUCCUUCCAGAUGCCGAAGGACUAUAUCCUCAACAUCUCGUUGCACGAUCUGGUCAGACGCCACAGCUACUUCUUCUUUUGAAAAGUUAUGGCGCAGAUCUCAAUCAAAUCGACAAACUUUACUCAUGGACACCGCUCUUCCACGCAGCCAGUGAAGGAAACGUACCAUGUAUGCAAACUUUAUUGGAUGUUGGAGUUGAGACCCAUAUUCGUGACGAAAAGGAUCUUUCUGCUAUGUAUUAUGCGGCAUGGGAAGGAUAUCUGGAGUGUAUGAGACUCUUGUCCUUAAUUCCACAGUCGUCCAGAGAUGAAAAGGCUAUUUCAGUCCCAAUUAUUGCACCUACAAUGGGAAGCAGUGCUCAUAUGCCAAUGAGCAUUGAUGCUGAUGGUAUCCCGGACUUGGAAUUACCACCUCCCAUUAUUCCAUUACGACGAUACGGUCAUAAUUUCCUUGAUACAAAAACUUUCAUUCAAAUCAGUUUUGUCGAAGAAAAUGGAGAGCAACCGAUGAUCUUCUUCCAUGACAGCAAAUAUCCUGCAGCGCGCCUCACCAUUUCUUCCAAACUUUCGGACUUGAUCCCCAAGAAUAUUUUACUCCCAUUUCAAGAAGAUACCCGACUUGUUUCAUUUCAAAUUGAUAAUUUAGAAUCUUUCGCCAUCGAUUUCGAUGUCUUUCCCACAUACGGUGCUAAAGUCAUUGCAAAGACUGUCGCAUUACCUAGUACCUUUCGAGCACUAGAAAGCAGUUCCGGUCGUUGUUGCUUACCCUUAUUCGAUCCACGCUUAAGAGCUAUCGGACAAAUUACCUUCAAUUUCCAAGUAAUCAAACCAUUUCAAGGCAAACCACUGGAAAUCACAGAUUUCGAAACCUAUUGGAAAGCUACGAGUCAAUUUGACUCUAGACCGAGUGCUUUUAUUACUGGAUCAAGUCUGUCUGGAGACUACAUCCAACUUUUUGUCCAACACACGUGUGAUGGAGUACCAGUUCUUUGGCCACGUUGGAAUAUUAUCUACAACAAUAUUGAAUUUCCAGUUUGUCGUCUAACUUAUGCUCAAUUCAUAAGUGCUGGAUCAAAUCAAAGUAGAUUAGCUAAGGAUCUCUCUGCUUUACCUGGGAUGCCACUGGAAAAUAUUACUGAGAUUCAUGCCAUACUCGCAGAAUCUGCUGUAUCUCUCGAGGAUGCACUUUCCUUACUCCCAAAAGGCAUGCAUGCUAACCUUCAAAUCUUGUACCCAACUUUGGAAGAAGAAAAACGCAUGCAAUUAAGGCCCACCGUAAACGUCAACGCGUUUGGUGACUCCAUUCUCACAGUAGUUUUUGACCAUGCAAGAACUCUCCGAGAAAGAUCCCCGGAUGCAAUGAGGUCAAUCGUUUUUAGUUCAUACAACCCUACCAUCUGCACAACCCUCAAUUGGAAACAACCCAACUACCCCGUGUUUUUGUGCAAUGAUCUAGGCCGUGAAGGGGAGCCGAGUCAGCAUAUGGGAGUGGAAACUAGUGGAAGGAGAACCACUUCUAUUAAAGAAUCGGUUAGGGUUGCGAAGAAUAACAAUUUCAUGGGUUUGAUUUGUUCUUCUAGACUUUUGGAUAUGGUACCAGCAUUAAUCGAAGCAAUCAAAUCACAAGGACUCGUACUAGUGAUUGACAAAUCCGCAGAGCCGGCAGAUGAGAAAAGAUCCUAUAAUGAUCCGUUCCCACGAUUACCGGAUGGCAUCGAUGGGGUUUUGAAGGCAAAUGGCGUCUUAAGGUUCAAUGAAAGUAUUGAUAUGUAG